AUGCCGGAGGACCCUGAAGAUUUUGCAGAAGAGCAAGGCCUGAUGGGAAGGUUUAUCAAUCUCUUGCAAGCAGAAGAUGCGGACCAACAAUAUCUGAUUUUAAACACAGCAAGAAAACAUUUUGGAGUAGGAGGAAACAAGAGGAUAAAGUACACAUUACCACCCCUGACCUUCUCUGCGUUCAGGUUAGCUUUCAGAUACAAGGAUUUGGCUGAAGAGGAUGAUAAAUGGGAGAAGAAAUGCCAGAAGAUCUUCACAUUCUGCCAUCAAACCAUCACAGCUCUGAUCAAGGCUGAGCUAGCGGAGCUUCCUUUACGACUAUUUCUACAGGGCGCCCUCGCUGCUGGGGAGAUUGGUUUUGAGAACCAUGAGACUGUUGCUUAUGAGUUCAUGUCACAGGCAUUCUCUCUGUACGAGGAUGAGAUCAGUGACUCCAAAGCCCAGUUGGCUGCCAUCACCCUCAUCAUAGCAACCUUUGAACGCAUGGGCUGCUUCGGGGAGGAGAACCACGAACCCCUCCGGACGCAGUGCGCCCUCGCCGCUUCCAAGCUUCUCAAGAAGCCCGACCAGUGCCGUGGGGUCGGCGUCUGCUCCCAUCUCUUCUGGUCUGGAAGGAGUACGGAAAGCGGGGGUGAAGAGAUCCAUGAUGGCAAGAGAGUUGCAGAGUGUCUCAAGAAAGCCUUGAGGAUCGCCAACCAGUGCAUGGACCCUACUGUUCAAGUACAACUCUUUGUAGAGAUCCUCAACAGAUAUGUCUACUUCUAUGAACGUGGGAAUGACCAGAUUACGAUACCAGUGCUGAAUCAACUCCUUGACAAGAUCAGAGAGGACAUGCCGAACCUUGAAGACAACGAGGAAACGGAACAGAUCACCAAGCACUACAACAACACCAUCGACCAUCUUAGGAAUAAACAGGAGAGCGGAGAGGAUGGGCCGUCAUUCGAGGGACUGGCGCUGUAGGAGGCAUAGGGAUGAGGCAAUCAUACCAUGAGUUUUAAGCAACGAACAUCACAGCACCGUCAUGGUCGCUCGUAGCCAUCAGGUAGGGCUGUAGCUGGGCUCGUGGAGGACUCUUUAAUACCUGUAUUAAUGCUUAUCUAGAAGGAGAAUCUCAUUUGUACUGAAAUGUGCUGAUUGAAUCGGAACAUAUUGUAUUUUCUGAACAUUUUAUGGAAUGUAAACCUAGUCCUAGCGAAAGUAAUGAUGAAAAUGUAAUGCGGCAUCAAGAGGACCAGUAACACACAGCUAAGCGAUCGAUUCUGCUGUUCAUUUUAUGGGAUCAAUCAAUGCAGUCAGUCAUAAAUAAUAGCAUGGCAAUCAAUUACUAAGAUUUGCGUCACAUGACCUCAUGUGGAUGGAGGCUUCUUGAUAUAUUUUUUACAGACUGCCACUCUAUAAUCAAUAUUUUUUUCUUCAAUAAUAUAAAUUGGAAAGAAAAAUCACUACGUUGUCAAGAUCAAAAGUAAUCAAGUUUAAAGUAAUAUCCCUGGGGGUAACGGCUAGACAUCGUAUCGGACAUGGUGGCUCAGUGGUUAAGUGCCUGCCUCACGAACGGGAGGUCAUGGAUUCGAUCCCUGGCCUACUGCUGGGCAUGAUGGAAGACCAGCUAAUAGUAGAAGAGUCUAUCAUGAAUAUUAUUUAUUAUUAUUAUACAUGUAUCACAAAUUUGAGUGAAUUAUGUUUUGGUCCCAUGGUUCAACUGAGUCUGAUUGACUACCAAAUCAUCUAAUUAUAAUAGACUUCAUACAGAGACCCCUAAGGUCCAUUGCACAAUGGGUAUAUGAUUGAAUAAGCCUGUCCAAAUCUUGGCUCUCUUAUUUAAAAAAUAACGCUACCAUAUAUCAAUGGGAAUAUGUUUCCAUUGGAUAUAGUUUUAUGGCAGACAUCAUUUUGUAACCCUUCUAAAUGGUAAAUUGCCACUUGGUCCACUCUCGCUUGGUCUACUUUCCAAAUGGUCUCGUCCCACAUGGUCUGAUCAUAUUUCGUCUACAAUGAGUUUGAUUGCUGGGCGUUUGGUCUAAUUACCAUGUAGCCCUUUUACCAUUUGGUCUAAUAUCCACUUGUUCUAACACCACUUGGUCUAUAUUAUUUGAUGAACUGUUUGUAAAUCUUCUGAAGGUUUCCAUGGCAAUGAAGAAAAGUGUAGUGGGUUUCACGGUACAACAUGCAUCUUUCUUGGGCAAGUGUUGGUCCUGAAAAGGGCCACCCAAUCUCGAUGUUUUGACAAGUGUGUUCUUGUCGUCAUCAGGAGAAUGAGCAAAGUUUGUAAAAGCAGGCCUUAUAUACAGCACCUUGUACCGUGAAACCUACUACACUUUUUGUGAGUGAAUCAUUUUCUUAUUUGAAGUUCAAGAUAGUAGGCGAAGUGGAAAUCAGACCAUCUGGAUAUUAUAGUAAAUGAGAAAUUUUACUAAAUUGGUAUCAGACGAAGGACACUGGCAUGGACAAAUGAUAUUUUUCUUGUAUAUCCCAGAGACUAAAGCUUGCCAUUUGACCGAUUCGUAGGCGUAGUCUUUCAGCAUUCCAUUGUUAAAGCUCUUUUAUGUUCCAUGUGAUACUAGUAUACAUAAUCAAACGAACUUGCAAUAUAUACAAAUUGAAUAGCAUGAUAAAAUGAGAUUUUUUUUCUUCUUCUAAAUGAGAGAUUUCGGUAAGUCAAGAAUGAAUAUGGCAAAUUAAUAUGCAAAUGUAUAGAGGAGUUUAUUGAAAAGUAUUGCUUGUAAUUAACAUUGACUGGUAUAAUUAAAAAAGAAUCCCAUAUAUUCAAUUUUUCAAUAAAAAAAUAAAAUCAAUUUCAGCUGAGAGUACAAAUAAUACUUUUUUGGACUUUCUGAUUUUUUUACUUAUAUUUUGUGAAUUAUGUCAUACUAGUGUAUGUAAUGUUCAGUCAUCAGGAGGGGGGGAAAAUACAAUAAUACUCUGAAAUCUAAUUGGAUAUGGUGGAUUUCAGCCCAUUCGCAUCAUGGAAACGUCUUUAAAGAUAAUGAUUAUGAAUCGAAAGUGAAUUGUCUGUGAUGUACAAACAUAGUGUGCAUAUUUUCUUUGUAAUAGAAAGAACAUGUUUCUCACUUUGUAUGUAACUGUAAGCAAUACUUAUUAAUGGUUUUGAAAACUUUUUUGAGAUAACCAACAUUUCAGAAGUUCCCAGUUUUUCAAAAUUGAUAUCAUUCUUUAGGAAUAUCCAAGUACUUUCUUUUUAACUUUUUUUUCUAAACCAAGUAAGAUUUUCAUCUUGCAUGAUUAAAAGUUAAAAAAAAAAAAAUGUAACUUGACAAGCUUCUUUGUGUAUAUAUAUUUUCAGCAUAUAUCUAUAUUUCCAAUUUGAUAUUUUGUGUUUUAAAUACAUGGUCGUAAUAACAUGUACUGUGCUGUAUAUUGAUUAUUAUUAUUAUUAUAGUGACAUGGAUGUUGUAAAGAUGUGUUCUGUAUAAGACAGGAGGAUGCCAAGAUAUUUUCAAAUAAAGUAUAUCAGAUAUAUA